AUGCCCCCGCCCCGCCGACACCCCGCGGAGUCGGACCCGGCCCUGGGUAGCCGCUGCCGUGGUGGUAGAGACCUUGCAGAGCCCCAAAGUGAAAGUUACCUUUAUAUUAUUGUUGUUAUUAAGGGAAAAUGUCCUGAAGAUGGAUGGGAUGAAAGCACCAUUGAGUUGUUUCUUCAUGAACUUGCUGUAAUGGAUAGCAAUAACUUCCUGGGCAACUGUGGUGUUGGUGAGAGGGAAGGAAGAGUGGUGUCAGCACUUGUUGCCCGAAGGCAUUACAGGCUGAUCCAUGGAAUUGGAAGGUCAGGUGAUAUUUCUGCAGUCCAGCCUAAAGCUGCAGGGUCGAGCCUUUUGAACAAACUUACUAAUUCCAUUGUUCUGGACAUUAUAAAGCUGGCUGGUGUCCGGUCAGUGACCAAUUGCUUUGUGGUUCCUAUGGCAACUGGCAUGAGCCUAACUCUGUGUUUUUUAACAUUGCGGCACAAGAGACCAAAGGCAAAAUACAUUCUCUGGCCACGUAUAGACCAGAAAUCUUGCUUUAAGUCAAUGAUCACUGCAGGUUUUGAGCCUGUGGUCAUAGAAAAUACAUUAGAAGGUGAUGAGCUACGGACAGACCUCGAAGGAGUGGAGGCCAAAAUCAAGGCUCUUGGUGCUGAAAAUAUUCUAUGUGUGCAUUCUACAACAUCUUGCUUUGCUCCAAGGGUACCUGAUAGGCUGGAGGAACUGGCUGUGAUUUGUGCUAAUUAUGGCAUUCCCCAUAUUGUCAACAAUGCAUAUGGAGUUCAGUCUUCAAAAUGUAUGCACCUUAUCGAGCAGGGCGCUCGAGUAGGCAGAAUAGAUGCUUUUGUUCAAAGCCUGGACAAGAAUUUUAUGGUUCCAGUAGGUGGUGCUAUCAUUGCUGGCUUCGAUGAGUCCUUCAUUCAGGAGAUCAGCAAAAUGUAUCCAGGAAGAGCAUCUGCGUCUCCUUCCUUAGAUGUCCUCAUUACACUUCUGUCUCUGGGUACCAGUGGCUACAAACAGUUACUGAAAGAGAGAAAGGAGAUGUUUUCCUAUCUUUCAAGUGAGCUGAAGAAGCUGGCAGAUAACCACAAUGAGAGACUGUUAGACACACCACAUAAUCCCAUUUCCUUAGCUAUGUCACUGAAGAAUCUAGAUGAAAAUAAUGAUGCUGCUGUUACCCAGCUUGGAUCUAUGCUUUUCACAAGACAAGUUUCUGGAGCAAGGGUUGUUCCCUGUGGGUCUGUACAAACUGUGAAUAACUACACUUUUAAAGGCUUCAUGUCACAUGCAAAUGACUAUCCCUGUGCUUACCUUAAUGCUGCCUCAGCAAUUGGAAUUAAAAAGCAAGAUGUAGAUGUAUUCCUGAAAAGACUUGACAAGUGUUUGAAGACUUUUAGAAAAGAAGCAAAGCAAGAGAAAAUUAUAAACAAAAUAAGUGAUUCUAACACAGCCACAGAACAACUUGAAGACCAGAAGAUAGAGAUUUAGUAACAGGAAGAUGAACUUUUUUCUGAAGUAUGUCAGGUUUGUAUUUGGUUAUAAGUGUGCAUUUUCAGUGCAGAAAAUUUAUUCUUGAUCUGAAAACAACAAUAAAAAGUUGGGUGAAAUUCAGCUUUAAGAAAAUAGGUGA